AAGAGGCCGGGAGACAGACAGGCAGAAGGCGACUGAGAGAUUGCAAAAAGAAAGCGAGGAGUUCUUCAGCUCACCUUUAUUUUGCAUCUCUGCACUUGCUCUGCUUUCAGGAGCAAGGACUCAAGCCAACUCUUCCAGCUUCGCUGAGAAACCAGUAAACAAACGCAAUGGACCCCGCAGGAUCCGCUGACGGAAAGAAGGGACCCCCCAAGUUCAAGCAGAGGGCGGCCCGCACCUUCAAGAGCAAGGCCCCCAAGCCUGGCCAGAAGGGGUUUGGUGAUGACAUCCCAGGAAUGGAGGGGCUUGGAACAGACUUCACAGUGGUCUGCCCAUGGGAGGCGUUUGGUGACAUGGAGCUCAGUGAUCUGGCUAAAUACGGAAUUGUGUAGUCCCCCACCCUCUCUCUCCUCCACCUGUCCCCAUUCUCCACCCCUAUGCCUGCCUCCUCUCCGGUGGGGCUAGCCAUGCCCUGCCACAGCUGAAAGGCACCACCAGUUAGCAAGAAUGCAGUCGCCUGCUCCGCCAAUGAUCAAACCAUCACCGAGCAAGCAUGGAUGACCGCAACCAUCAACGCAAUGUCUAUUGUCUACAUCAAAGUAAAUUUGGCUGAAAUGGACAACCCUCCCUCCCCCCUCCCUCCCUAGAGGAAUGACCGAUAGUAAACAAAGGGAAGGGCUACUUGAACAUCUGUACAGUACCUUUGAUGCUGCUUCUAGUGGUCAAGUAGAGCAAUAAAGUCUAUCCUUGAGGCACGA